AUGUAUCUACCAGAGCUUUCUUCAGGGAGUGAGGCGGAGCCAUCACCACACAACAGACACCGACCCUUAUUACUGACCUUUGCCCUGCCAAGGUCUGCCUUCCUCUGCUGCCCCAAAGAAGAGGUGAGAAUACUUUACACAGUCCAAUGGAGAUGAGGUCUCAUCGGGAUAACGAGGCCAUGCAGGUCUUUGUGUCUGACAGGGUUCCUGUACUUUUGGACUUGGGAAGAUCUCAGAGGGAACGCUUUAGGAAGUGUUCUUCUUUCAGGACCAGACUCAAAGUGAACACCAUGUUUGUACAUCUACAGCAAACGAGGCGAAUAAUGAGAAAGAAGAGCAUCGAGUUCAUUCAGAAGGAAAUAUGGAGAAGAAGAAGAAGAACUUGAUGGUCCAUAGAUCCACAGAUCUGCUGGAGUCCAGAAAGAGGCUCAAAGAAGAGACAGUCAUGUUGAUGUGGACUUUAGAGAAAGUGAUCCUGGAUCUGAAACAUGAUCCUGGUUCAUCAUCUGACUCACUCAGCUGCUCUCAGGUUUUUGUACCACUGUUUCUCACUGUGGGAAGGAGGCUACUACCUCAUUUUCGGCUCUGGGACUAAACUGAUUGUAACAGGUAAGAACAAAAACUUUAUCUUUAUUGUUUGAACUGAUUUAUAAAACCUCAAAAUCUCUCCACAAAUCUGAAGUUAUUGAUGAAUUUCUGAUAAAUCUGAGUUUGAUAUGAAAUGUUGAGACACUGUCACCUCUAUAUUUGGUCCUCUCUGUGAGUCAGAACCAUCAUUUCUUUAUUUAUAAUGUUAAGACAGUCAAAGUAACCUCAUGUCAAUUAUAUCAAUAUGAGGCACCAAAAACCUUUGUGUGGGAAUAUUUGUACAAGUAGACAGAUACUCAAUAUUAUCAACUAAUAUUUACAAUAAAUGUGAUUUAAUCUGGAUCUAUGGAUAAACUAUAGAAGCGUUUAUAUUUAAAUAUGUAAGGAAAUGUUAUUAUAUUUUAUUGUCUGUAAAUGAAGCUAAAAAAUGAGAUUACAGUCAAACACAUGGAGGAUGGUACAGAGGUAUGAAGAGUCUGAGUGUUUGUACAAAUUAUUAUAUUCAAACAGGAUUGAUGAUCUUAUCCUCAUUAUAAUAUAUUAUAUUAUACUAUAUUAUAUUAUAUUUAUCGGCAGCCCUGAUGUUUUUCUAAUUUUGUAACAAUAAUGUAGAAUAAUAAAUAAAUUACAGAUAUAAUGAUUCAUCACUUCUCUAAAAAGAGCUGAAUGCUCAGACUUACAACCUAAAAAUGUAGAAGAUAAUGUAAGGACUAAAAUCACCAUUAAAUUCGGAGGGAAGGGAAGGAGAGAGAGAACUGGUGGAGAAGGCGGGGUAUUUAUAGGUUGGGAGACACCGGGCCCAGGUGCUGCCAACCUCACUAACCGAUCGGACCGCCCCCUGGUAACCUCCUGCUUGACAGAGGGAAAAGCAUACAUUAGACACCAGGGAACCGUCACACAUGACACUCGAGAAAACCAAAUUAUCGCCUUAUUCCGAUUAAGACCGCACAACUGAAGUGCAUGUAAACACCUUAGUCCGACUAUAAUCAGAGUUUGAGAACUACGAUUAUAAUCGGAGAACUCCGAUUAAGACACCCAGAUAAUGCGAUUGGAAUUUGAUUUUUUCUACUAUGCAACCAGCAUAGUCGGAGUAUGAUUGGACAAUGCAUGUGAGGCUGGGCCACGCCUCCGUAACCACGGAGUAAAAACACCAGAGAAGAAGCAGCGCUAUCAUUUAAAGAACUUUCGACUCAGAAGGAACUGAAACAUGGCUGUGACACGAAAGAAUGUCCACUUUUGGAACGACGAGGAGAGCGCCAUUAUGCUUUCCGUCCUGACAGAAAUGGAGAUUUUAAAGUAUAUGGACGGUCGCGAAACGAGGAAUGGAGACAUCUUUAAAAAAUGUCUGAAAACUGUGCUGCUGAAAAGACCGACAUCGCCUCCUAGUUUUGAGGAGAAGGACACAUUCACGUCAACAAUUUGAUUUUCUCAGCUGCAUGUAUACGGGGACAAGGAGAGAAGUCCGAGUCGGCAAACAAAACGAAUAAUGAGCUUAGUCCAAAUAAACUGUGCAUGUAAACGUACUGAGUGACACAAAUCAAUCAAUGACACAAAUCAAUCAGGACUGUGAAUGUGCAGAUUGCUGCAGUCCAUCCCACCACCAUAGCUGUGUGGACCAAUGACAGUAGAGAGGCGCCUUUCUCUGAUGUUCAUAGAAAGUUUGUCGAUGUUCCCUGUGGGAGCUCUGCCAGUGUAAGCUGCUGUUAGCCACCAGCGCUAGCUUUGUAUACAGGAAGUAGUGUCCAAAAAAAGCAAAGAUCCGUCUGCAUUUCCAGUUUGAGUUUCAAUGAAAGAGUUCUUUCUCAGACUCCAAGAAACUGGCAAACACAACAGCCAGGAGUCAUGGUCCAGAAGAGUCCAUUAGGUCUGGCUGGGAUUGUAGACUGUCCAGUACAGAGACCUUUAUUGUAACGACGGUUUACAUUGAACCAUGACCACGAGGGGAGUCAUGGUGACCUGUACAAACUGGAAAUGAAGAAUGAGCACAGACUAAGUGAGGCCUGUUGGUCCCUGUUUGGAGGACAAUGGUCUGCCACCCCAGUUUGAGAACCUCAGCCUGGUGAGCACAUGUGGACUGGUGUUUUGGGGAAAUGAAAGGGUAGCUACAGCUUGGUCUGCACGACCACUGAUGAGGACCUCUUUGGAAUCAGUCCGGCAGGGGAGUGGGCAAGGCUGGACCUGACAAAUCCAGAAGUCCCUGGUCCUCUUCUCUCCAGGCUCUCUGACUCCAGACCUUCUCUGGUUCUCUGGGAUCAUGUUCCUCCUGAACAGAAGGUCCCAGAGUGUGAACCAGCGAUGCCUAACCUAAAAGACUCUCCUGAGUCUGCAGAAGUUUCUGGAGAAUGAGCGGUCAUGGUUGAGUCUCUAGGCUGAGUUAGUGCUAACCAAGGCUGACCCGGGACUUCUGCACCUAUCAGGGGUAACCUGGUAGGUCUUCUGAUGGGGCACCACCUACUUGAUCAUGUGGAUGUUGAUCUGGUUCUAUCAGCAGAAUGUAUCUACCAGAGCUUUCUUCAGGGAGUGAGGCGGAGCCAUCACCACACAACAGACACCGACCCUUAUUACUGACCUUUGCCCUGCCAAGGUCUGCCUUCCUCUGCUGCCCCAAAGAUGAGGUGAGAAUACUUUACACAGUCCAAUGGAGAUGAGGUCUCAUCGGGAUAACGAGGCCAUGCAGGUCUUUGUGUCUGACAGGGUUCCUGUACUUUUGGACUUGGGAAGAUCUCAGAGGGAACGCUUUAGGAAGUGUUCUUCUUUCAGGACCAGACUCAAAGUGAACACCAUGUUUGUACAUCUACAGCAAACGAGGCGAAUAAUGAGAAAGAAGAGCAUCGAGUUCAUUCAGAAGGAAAUAUGGAGAAGAAGAAGAAGAACUUGAUGGUCCAUAGAUCCACAGAUCUGCUGGAGUCCAGAAAGAGGCUCAAAGAAGAGACAGUCAUGUUGAUGUGGACUUUAGAGAAAGUGAUCCUGGAUCUGAAACAUGAUCCCUGGUUCAUCAUCUGA